AUGUUAAUACAAAGAUUACUGUUGCAUAUUUUUCAACACAUAGCGAUAAAGUCCACAAUAAACUUUCUUCUUGGAUUACUGGUUGGCAUAUUUAUUGCAUCACAACAUUUAUUUUCGCAUAAGUCUCUCGCUCCUGUUGGUAAGGAUAUUACUGAUCGACUAGCUAAUAACUCAACUUCGAAAUCAGAGGAAUCUACACAAAUAAUUACGAAUGUUGCUGAGGUAAAACUUUCUCUAAAUCAAAAAAACAUCGGAGAAUUUUACGAAGAAUAUUACAAAUUCUACGAACAAAACCAUGCAUGGGCGUUGAAAUCAUUUUUGGGUGUCCACUUCUUACAAAAUCCUAAUGAUGCAAUUACCAUUGCCGAAAUAUUGUACAAUCAAGAUGUUGAUCUUGUGAUUGAAACAGGCACAUAUCGUGGAGCAGCUGCUUUGUUUUUUGCAUCGAUUAUGUAUCAGUAUCGUUACGAUGCAAAAAAAAAUUCUAUGCGCCCAUUCAAAAUCAUUACUAUGGAUAUCAAUCCAGAAGCUCGUAAAUAUAUCGAGAACUUUACACUUCUUGCGCCUUACAUACUUUUUAUACCGGAAAGUAGUGUCUCGCCUGCUGCACGAGCAACUGUUAAUAAAACAGUUUUCGAAAUGAAACCAAAUAAUGUAUUCAUUUCUCUUGAUGGUGACCACUAUGCUGAGGCUGUCUAUAAUGAGCUUCUAUAUUAUCAACAAUACGUAGUAAAUAUUAGUAAUUAUAUGCUUGUACAAGACACUCGACUAUCAAGAAAAUGGCAUACCCUCUACUGUGGUCAAUCCAAAUAUGAUGGUCCUUGUAAUGGUCCUCAAGAAGCGGUCAAUUGGUUUAUGAAAAACGAGGGUCACGGUCGUUUUGAAAUCGAUCGUGCCAAAGAAUAUUUAUUUACUACACAUCAAAAAGGAUGGCUGAAACGAAUUUCCAAAUAA